AUGGAAACGAAAUUCGAUGAAAUUUUAAAGUCUGUUGGGGAGUUGAAAGUAAUUAAUCGCUUAUCUAAGAAUGUCGAUAAACUUUUUGAAAACGUUUCUAUUCUGACGAAAGCCAAUCAAGAUCUCAACUUAAAAUUCGCUAAUCUAGAAGUAAAAGUGUUGGCUAUGGGGCAAAUUAUGUCUGAAGAAAAAAAUACACCACCUGAACAAAAACUUAUUGAUGAGCUAUUGGAUAGACAGUCGAGGUCAAAUAAUGUAAUUCUAUUUAAUUUAACCGAAGAGGAUAACAAGGAUGAUUCACAGAAAAUUAAAAACGUUAUUUCCAGUUUAAAUGAAAAAAUUGAAAAAUUUACAUUUUUUCGUCUUGGAAAACCAAAAUCAGAUAUUCCAGAAAAGUCACGACCAGUAAUGAUUCUUCUUUCAAAUCAGUCUGAUGUAUUUACUAUCUUACGGUCACAAACAAAUAUGAAAUCGUCAACGAGUUGGUCAAAUAUCCGUUUUUCGUCAGAUAGAAUUACAAAGGAACGAGAGGAAAUGGCAAACCUUAGCAAAACGUUACAACAACGAAAAGAAAACGGUGAACAGGACGUAAUCAUUAAAUAUAUUAAAGGUAUUCCAAGAACUGUGAAAACUACAAAAAACUGA